GUAAACAUUGCAAUUUGUAAGUCAGCGUUGUCUAUAUCUAUAAAGUCUGUUUUUAUAUUGUCGUCGUCCUUAUAUCUUUAUUUACAUGUUUUAACUAGGUAGUUGAAAAUUAAAAUACUUACUAUCUAGUAACUACAUAUUUGAUAUUUCAUAUUCAUUCAGUUGUGUGGUUAUUAAAAAUGUAAAAUGGUUUUAGAAUCUUGUUCUGUUAAAAGAUUACUAUUGUUAAUUAUAUUCAUCGGAGGGAUUACACUUCUAAUAUUUAUAAAAAUUACAUCUUCAAGUGCAUUAUCUGGACUCAAUGCCACUAUUGCAACAGAGACAUCUGAGAGCGUAAAAGACCAUAAAAAUUCAUCAAAUAAAUGUUGGCUGCGAGAAGAAAAUACAAUUCUGAAAGAAUGUCAUUUGUGUUCUGAUAAACCUGAAUGCAUUAAUGCAAGUUAUAUUGAAACAAUUGAAUGCAAAAUUUCUGGACUAGCAUAUAGAAAUUGCAGCAAACCAACUACACAAACAUCAGAAAAAGAAUUUUGGUUAUUCCAAGUCUCACAAUUUGUGAUUGCUGUAAUCAGUUUAUCUGUUAUACAAUACAAAAAAAAACAGUUCCAUAAGAAGUUAAUGAAAAGAAUACAAAAACAAUUAGAUUCCGUUGUAUAGCUGUGUAUACAAAUAUACAAUACAUUAUACAUCACAAUUUGUACAAAUUAAAACUUUAAUCGAUUUGUCCAUUGAAUAAAAUGUCUUCCUUAUUUGUUAA